CCACAGCCUUAGACCGACGCAAGUCUGGCUCCGAAAGCAGUUGAUCUAUAGAUUGACCGUCCAGCUCAUGCACCAUGUCCUUUACGUUUGUUUUCACGACGAUGCUUCUGGGCUCUUCAGUGGUGAUUGCAUUUGUCUUGCAGCCAUCCAAGGAAGAACCUGCAGCCGCUGCUCACUCUCCUGUUUCCCAUCACAGGUGCCAGGGUGGGUCAUUGCAGUCCAUCAGGGAGGGUCUCCUCGGGGCUCUCAACUUGCAGGCUGAGCCACAGCUGCCUGCUGGUGGGCUGGACGGUGUCCGAGAGCAAUGGAGGGCCACCUUCAGCACCAUCCCUCACAGAGCCAAGGACACAGCAAUUCCAGCGGCCUCUGGCAACUCUGUGUCACCUAAUGUUGGAAACGGUACGAGCCUGAAGUGCUGUUCCAUGGCCUCUGAGAUCUUCAUGAAAGAUCUGGGAUGGGACAACUGGGUUAUCCAUCCUGCCAGCCUUACCAUUGUUCAGUGUGCACUCUGCAACCCCGAAGUAAGCAGUGUGCAAUGUCCAUCGCCCCAAGCCAAUGUCCAGGAUGCUGACUCACAGGUGCCAUGUUGUGUGCCCAUCUCCCAGGAAAUGGUGCCUGUCCUCUACGUGGAUGAAUUCAGCACCCUUGUCAUUUCCUCCGUGCAGCUGACCCGCAGCUGCGGUUGUGAUCCGGGCAACCUCCAGCCGCCCAGCACAGAGUAAAGUUUGUUUUAUAGUCCUGAGUAUGUGAGCCACCUGGCGAACAAGCAAACGCAUAAAAUACAGAAAAUGUAGAUAAUACAUCACAUGCAGACAUAUCUUCUCUCGCUAUACUUAUCUCAGAUCCUUCAUUUCAACACAGAGCGUGGGAACCAAGGUAAAGUCUCUCUAUGAACUCAGUUUUGCAUUCCUGUUUCUCCAUUCUAACCAGAAUGUGCCAGCACAGACCUGUUUAGCCAGCUGGACAUAAAACUGAUCAAUUAUAAUUUUAGUGGUCUAUGCUAUUAAUUAACAUUGGACCAACAAUUAGAUUUUGAUGGAUUUUAUACAUGCAUUUCUGUAGAUAAAUAGUAUUAAGACAAAGUGUUUCUCUUGCACCAAGAGCUGUAAGUGAAGUGCAUCUGACUAACUAGCACUUUCUAGUAAGUGCUAGUUUAUCUUUAAAUAAAUCUCAUGACUACAGAGCGCUAUUUAAAGCUACUAACUGUUGCCGAGUGUUCCCUUUCAAAAAUGUGAGACUGUGCAGAGCCAAAUCCUUGCACAGGCUGGAUGUCUCCUCUUUCAUCUGUGAAACAACUAUUUCCUCUUAUGGGUAAGAAGUCAAUUCAAUCCCAAAAGGGAAACUGAGUUCAAAUAAAAAAAUAGUUUUCCUUAAUGUGUAAAUUAGGUUUAUGCUUCCCAUGACAAACAUGUUUUGCAGGGAGAGUAAUAGGAGAAGUUUGUGUUAUCCAGCUAAACUCACUGCACCUAAAACGUUGUAUCAAUCAAAAACAUCUGUGCUGUGCUUUUCCAUGAACAGCCAUUGGCCGUGCCCUAUUUACAUGUAUUACAUGGUAGAAAAGAUGCUGCCCUGCAAACCUCAAAAAUCUGUAACCGUAAAAAGGAAAAAGUCAUUGUACUUUUUGUUGACAUACUUAAAAUAUUACAUUUUGUGUUUUGCUGUGAUGUGUUGUUACUUUGGCCAGAAAAGUAAUUUAGUUGAAGAUCAAAGCCUGGCUGACAAUAUACUAACAUUUUAUUUACAUAAUAUGUGCUUUUUAUAUGCAUGUGUAGCAGCAGAGUUCUUAUUUCUUAUUUCCAUUUCCUUAUAGGUCUCUUUGACCAUUUCUCAUAAUUAGUUUGUCAUUUUGUUAUAUGACUCAAGUUACCUCACCAUUCACUUUUUCAAGAUUUUUUUUCACAAAUAUACUACAACCUAGAGUGACCAGAGUGAUAUAUUACCUCAACUCAAUCAAUACAUUCAAUGUUUUAUUGUGCUUAUGACAUGCUAAUAUUUUGUAUCAAUUUCCUGAUUUAUUUUUUGAUUUGAAUAAAGAUGAUUAAAAUCAACAGUU